UCUUGUCUGCUUGCUUUUGGACCAAGAUGAGCAGCAACAACCUUGUUUUGAGCUUCCCCUCUGAUCUGGUAGAACAAUGUAUCUCAUGUGCUACUACAUGUAGUACUACCACGGAUCCCAAGCAGGAGGAUGACGGCAAUCCUGGUGAAUUGCUCGAAUUGGUUUUGUCAGUGCUGUUGGAUGAUGAAAACAACGACUCCGUGACGGAUUCCUCGUCGACAGUAUCGUUGGCCACUCUUCGGACAUCUUGGACCGAAUCACUACAGAAAGGUGUUGUGACUAAUACUACAGGUACUGCUAUUACCACACCAGAUGUCAUGUGCAACAUUCUGGUCCAAUCAUCCGAACACUCCAACAAGCUUCGGCAAUCCAUUCGUCAACACUUGUCGCAACAGCAUCCACCAUCCGACACGGCAUUGGCGGAUAAAUGGUACUUGGGAAUGCAGCUGACCGCCCUUUUACUGCAACACAACCGCAUGACGCCGUUUGAAGUUCACUCCAUCGCCAUGCAAUCCAUGCUCCAGCUGGGAUCCACUAUUCCCAGCAAUCCGCAACACCAACUUCACUAUUACCUCUCCUGGACACUACUAGUGCUCUUGGCGACAUGGUCCCUCCAGGAAUGUUACAAUCAAAUCCUUGCCUCGACUCCAAAUAAGAAUGGCCCUCGACUCCGAUUCAAACGAAUCAAAAGCAUCCUACUGGAAACCAUACAGCUCUAUCAAAGACUCGCACUUCGCGUGGACAUUGACACCGAAGAAGAAGAAGAAGGUGUGGCUUGUUCUUGCUGUCCCAGUGAACUGGCCGUGCCUCUUUGGAUUCGGCAUGUAGUACCCACCGCCAUGCAACUUUGGAACAAACUACCCGCCACCAAUGCUUCCAGUGUCUUUUGGCCAGCCCUGCAACUGAGUGUGGCCACUCAAUUGGCCGUCAUUUAUUAUGGGAAUGAUGACGACAAGGUGGUUUCUUCUUACAUGCUAAAGUUCAGUAUGCAAUCAUCCUCUGCCAUGGAAUCAUUCUUGUGCCAUCCUUGGAGAGUCGCAUCGUAUCAACAUCAACAUUUUGCACCCAAACAAGCACCACGACAACGAGAAGAAUCACUCGACUGGUGGACUUGUGAACGACAGUUCCACAAGGCUGACGAUGAUGACGAUAGCAUGGAUGAUGAAGAGGAGGAUUAUACAAUGCUUCCGGAUGAAUAUGAAGGAAUGGAUACCUCUUGGAAUGACUUGGGAGUGGCACUCUUGGCGUACCAAGCAUGGCCAGAAAUUGCGUCCUGGUGUGUCUACCAACCACAGUAUCAAUGGAAGUUAUGGUUCCCACACGUGGCAACCCUCAUGAAUCACAACCCAGAUCAGCAGCAACAACAUCAACAACCAUAUGCUUCCGCCAGUGCCAAAGUCGAAAUGACAAUCCAGGGCAUUUCCUUGUUGCAGGCUUUGCUUCCCAUUCUGCCACAGCACAGCCUGGUAUUGUCCCAUUCGUUCUCACUCAUGGGUACAACUACUUGUAGUAGUAGUCAGGAUACUGGUACCACCUCGCAACCAUCUCGGCCACGACCGCCAGAUCAUCCCGUGGGAACGUUUCAAUUGCUACUCAACACCAUUGUGGCAGCAACCACCACGACGCCUUCUCAUCAACAGCUACCGCUACCCAGCGCCAUGACAAUCUUUCAGAUUUGCAAAGAUCUCUUGUCCAAGUACACGCCCUCGAGUCAAUGGAACAUUGUUUGGGACUACUUGUUGCCGACAUGUCCUCAUCCAGGACUCAAGCCCAAACUGUUGGAUAUGCUACGUCCCUUGUUGGUGUCAGCAGCAGCAGUAACCCCAGACGUCCGUACACGGCUGCGACGGGAUUUGGAGACCGUUCUGAGCCGCGACUUGGGAAAAUUUGUCGUCCUUGGCAGCAACAACAACAACAACCAAAUUCAGGGAUUUCAAAAUGUGCCAGAACUUAUUGAUCAGUGCGAGUUCUUUGUAGCCGUUUGUGGCUUGAUUCAACUGGCUUGGAGGCAUCAUCAAAAGAUGCAAAGCGGGGGUGAUGAAUUGUUGUUGCAGCAUCCACGGACCAUCGCGAUACAGCCAUCCGAGGCUCCAAACAUGACGUACCCUCUUCCCACGUUGGGUGACCUUGGCCAGGCACUCCGCGACCAGCUAGAGACCUGGAAUAAAGCUGCAAACGGGGAUGCGCAGACGCCAGAACCUCCGGAUGAAUUCUUCCGACUGGAUCUGUUGGUCAUGGCAAUUCAACUAAUAUUGGAUGUACCCUGAGAGGAUUGCCUCGGAUCAGAUCGUUCUUUCGUUCGUUGAGUGGCUAACCAAACUAGCUUGCAUGAAGUGUACCUUCCACAAACCAAACCAAAAUACGUUUCUUUGUGACUUGUUCUGAGUUAACC